CUCGUUCGCGUGCGCAUUUCUCUAUGGCGUGCGCACUAGAGGCGCAUUCGACAAUCUAAAUCUCCCCGUGGACUUCUUGGCUAUGCUCUUCAUAAAGUUGAUUAGAAGUCCUCGUCAAAUAAUGAAACCUUAUCGGUAGUUUGGCCAUGCCUUACUUCUCUUAAACAUCGCUUUAACUGCACGACAAACAUGAGCACCGAGGCUGGCCAGCAGAUUCCGGGCCGCAGGGCCCUGAUGCCUGGUUGGAUGAAAAGCCACAUGGACAGACUCAACACUGUGGCUAAUCUGGACGACAUGUGCAGCUCCCCUCCCGAGACAGAGUCGGGCUUUCUCCGAGACAUGCCACUUUCCCGCAUAACCACUCCACCUGCUUCACAGACCCCCACUGGGGCACCGACCAUCCGGGUGAGUGGCGUUGGCAAGUGUGAUCCGCCCAGACUGGCCUCCGAGAAUGCCGUGCGGCACCAAGUGCUGAGCCACCAUGGAUCAACCCUACAGAGCCUGGGGCGCGACGGUGGAUCGGGCAGUGAAUCUGCCCACACAACACCCUCUGUCACGCCACAAAGCUCUCCGUCGCUGGUACGGCGCGUGGUGGCAGCAGACUUGACGGCAGUGGGUGGUCCUAUGGUGGAUGGUAGCCGGCUGAAGCCCAAGAAGAAGCCGCCAGCGCGCUUUGCUGUCACCAACUUUGAUCUUAAUGCGGUUAGCCCUACCUCAUGGUGAGGGUGCACAGUUGCCAGAGUAUGAAUCCAGCCAGGAUGGUACAAGAAUAAAAAGAAUUCACAAGUGUAGCUUCAGCACCGUGGGUCUACUUGACUUGAGGGCACUUAUAGCCUGGAUAACACUUUGCUGCCCAAAAGAUGAGCAAGCAGAAAAAAAAAUUACCUUUGACUCUGUAUGUGGGAUGUUUGUUAGGAGUGUAACAAAGAAUACUUUUGUAACUUUCCAUUUAUAUACCCUAUAGAGUAGACUACUUAUUAGUGUCCCUGUGUCUAUUGCAUUAUGGCUAGGUUUUCUUUUUAUUCGUGUACCAUGACCUGUUGCCUGGAGGAUGUGGCUUGCCUCGGUCCAAGCAGUGGGUGACAGCACUGAACUGUCCCUUGUUGGACACCCCCUGCCUGUUUUAUUCUUGAGUCUUCUUUUGUGCUUCUAAACUCUCUUGUGACUACUGUAGCCACUGUUCACAUGUCUUGCCUGCUGUUCUUCACCCUGCUGAUCUUUUUUAGACUAUGCUGCUUUCCAGAAAUUGCUGCAGUUUUUUUGUUAUAUAUUUUUUUGUGUGUGUGAAUAAACGGUUCACUCACCCAUCA